GUGGCCGGAGGCGGCGGGGGUGUCUCAGGUGCCGGAAGUGACGGCGUCUCAGAUUACCCGCCGAGCGCUGCGGCUGUUAGGAGCAGAGAAGCGGCCGCGGCGGCGCUGCACGCGGCAAGAACGCUGUUGGGCGCGGGGGUGGCUAACCCUUGCUCGUCCACCCCCGAGCCAUCAUUUUGGAAAAUGCCUCAUAAAGAAGAUGACUUGAUGCAUGGAGGACCAGGUCUCGGUGGGGGUAUGGUCAGCCAGAACUCAAUAUUCGGAUGCUCGACGGCAGGACACAGUGGAGUUAAUCAGCUUGGAGGUGUUUACGUUAAUGGACGCCCGCUUCCUGAUUCAACGAGACAAAAAAUCGUCGAGCUGGCUCACAGCGGUGCUAGACCAUGUGACAUUUCCCGCAUACUUCAAGUCAGCAAUGGCUGUGUUUCCAAAAUUCUCGGAAGAUAUUACGAAACAGGAUCAAUAAAACCACGUGCAAUCGGUGGAAGUAAACCACGAGUAGCAACGACACCAGUUGUAAAUAAAAUAGCUGAUUAUAAACGUGAAUGUCCAUCAAUAUUUGCAUGGGAAAUACGUGAUCGAUUGCUGCAAGAGGGUGUUUGUAAUAAUGACAAUAUACCUAGCGUGUCCUCAAUCAACAGGGUGCUAAGAAACCUGGCCUCGCAGAAGGAGCAACAGGCAGCCGCGGUUCAAGCUCACCAGGGUGCCGAGAGUGUCUACGACAAGCUGAGGAUGUUCAACGGACAGGCGACCGGAUGGCCACCGGCUUGGUACUCGGCUACAUCUUCCCAUCAUCCUCUUGCCACUGGAAUACCGACAACAGCCGCUCCCGGAACUGGACAGUCUUUAUUACCCGGUGGUCAAUUGCAUCCGAGAGACGAUUCCCUUCUUAAACGUUCUGAUGCCGGAUCUCUGCUGACACAUCAACAGGAAACAACCUCUGACGGUAAUUCUGAUCACAACUCAUCUGGGGAUGAAGAUUCACAGGUUCGACUUAGGCUCAAACGUAAAUUGCAACGCAAUCGUACUUCUUUUUCAAAUGAUCAAAUCGACGCUCUUGAAAAAGAAUUCGAGCGGACCCAUUACCCGGACGUAUUUGCACGAGAACGUCUCGCCGAGAAGAUUGGAUUGCCUGAGGCACGUAUCCAGGUUUGGUUCAGUAAUAGACGGGCCAAGUGGCGACGGGAGGAAAAAUUACGAAAUCAAAGACGUGCUGCUGUUGAUCAAGUGGUUGGCGGAGGAGCUGGUGGAAUUUCAGGUGGUGCUGCACCACCUGCUGCUACUCCUGCUACUCCUAGAAUACCUCUAAAUGCUGGAUUUAACGCCAUGUACUCAUCUAUUCCUCAGCCGAUUGCUACAAUGCCAGACACUUACAGUUCAAUGACUAGUAGUUUGGGUGGAUCAAUGGGAGGCAGUUGUCUGCAACAGCGAGCCGAAGGAUACCCGGCGUACGUAUUUCACGAGCCACUGCACUCUUUAACCCAGUCUUAUUCUCAUCACACGGCCGCGGCGCAUUCGCAACCCCAUCGCGGCAUACCGACCUCCCACGGUGGAACACCGAGCACACCGGGGGGUCAACCGACCGGUCCAGGAGGGGCACCAUACCAACCCACCACUUCAACAGCCACUGGAGUGAUAUCAGCUGGCGUAUCAGUUCCGGUUCAAAUACCGUCGCAGACUCCAGAUUUGGCGAGUAACUACUGGCCGCGACUUCAGUGA